AUGCGCCAUCAGCAACGAGUGGGCGCGGCGCCCCCUGGCGGCCGGAGGGAAACGGCCGGCGUCCGCGCAGGGGCCCCGGGCGCACUGUCCACCCUGGUCCUGUUUUGUGAGAAGCUCCCUGAGGCCCAGGGUUUGGCACUCACUAAGGCCAGCAGGAAGACCAAGAAGAAGGAAGGAGGGGCCCUCCGGGCCCAGAGGGCCUCCUCCAACGUCUUCUCCAACUUUGAGCAGACCCAGAUCCAGGAGUUCAAGGAGGCCUUCACACUAAUGGAUCAGAACCGAGAUGGCUUCAUUGACAAGGAGGACCUGAAAGACACCUACGCCUCCCUGGGCAAAACCAACGUCAAGGACGAUGAGCUGGACGCCAUGCUCAAGGAGGCCUCAGGGCCCAUCAACUUCACCAUGUUCCUGAACAUGUUUGGGGAGAAGCUAACUGGUACGGAUGCUGAGGAGACCAUCCUCAACGCCUUCAAGAUGCUGGACCCCGAAGGCAAAGGCAGCAUCAACAAGGACUACAUCAAGCGGCUGCUCAUGUCCCAGGCAGACAAGAUGACUGCAGAGGAGGUGGACCAGAUGCUGCAGUUUGCAACCAUCGACGCUGCUGGCAACCUGGACUACAAGGCGCUGAGCUACGUGCUCACGCACGGGGAGGAGAAGGAGGAGUGAGGGCUGCCUCC